AUGGCACAUAAUAUUUUCCUAAAGAAAUUAUGGUCUCUAACACUGUCAAAUUCUAGCCAGCAGAUUAUUCGUUCAACUCCAAAGCUGAUGUUUUAUCCUGCGCAGAAAACAUUUAUGACAUCAUCAAAUAUGCAUCGCUCUAUAUUGCAUCAAAUAUACAUUUCGCUGAGGACAGUGUUUCAUCGAAAACGACCACGUCUUGUUGGCACUGAUGAUGCAGGCAUUCGAUAUUUUGAAGCCCCACCGAAUAAGGCUAGUGAACACACACAUUUAUCAAAAUUACCUAAACGAUUUUAUCUUAUCCCUGGACAAAAAAGCUUGGAAGAUGCAUUUAUGAAUACGUAUAUUGAGACGCCGUCUUUACCUCCUGAAUGGCAGUCAUGGCUUAAUCAUCGACGUUCUGAUCCACCAACUAAAGAAGAAAUUGAGGCUAAUAAUCUGUCUAAACAGCAACGUCUUAUUCGAGCUGCAGAAUUAGAGGCAAAGCAUAAUGAAGAACGCUUAGAAAUGAUUAGACAAGGUUUACUACAAGAGAAUAAAUCAGAGCAAACUAGUAGCCAGCAACAGUCUAAUGAGAAAUCAACUGCAUUUCCUGUUUAUCCUGAUAUGAAAAAUAGUUUCGAAGAUGAUUAUCCAUCUAAAACGUUGAAUGAAAAACAGAAUAAAUAAAUAAUUAAAUAACUGAUUCAUUAAAUAUAUUAUAUUAGUCAAG